AUGAUUCCUUUUUCACUAACGGAUGACGUUAUUAUUACAACCAAUACCAAUUUGUCAAGGACUUUUACAGAAACAGUUGAGGAGUUUGUAGAUUUGUGUCCAGUUUGUAGAUUGCUCUUCCUGCCAGGAACUAUCUACAAACAGUGGAAUGAAGCUGCAAAGUUUGCACGUUCUAAAUAUUUAGUAUUUCUUGAUGCUAGGAUUUCGUUUUCCAACAAUUCUCUCCAGGCGAUGAUCAGAUGUCUACAAGGGGGAGAUAACAACACAGUUGUGUCGCCACAGUUGCGUUUGAGGUAUGCCGAUGGAAGGGGACAUAAUGUAGGGUUGUCUAUAAACGAAAUCUCCUGGGAUCUGGGGGUCAGUCGUGGGGCGGUCAGCUAUCAGCUCCUUCAGACUGCUCACAAGUUUGGGGACGGUUGUGUGAACCAAACUGCGAUUUUCAAGGAAGUUUUUGGGAUCAGGAAGCGGUUUUUUGCUGAUCUUGGUGGGUUCGACAUCCUGACUGAUGCAUCUGGAGGUGAACACGUCACGUUUUCGUUAAAAGUUUUAAGUUGUCAUGGAAACAUCGUGACUUCUUUAUGCUCCACAGCCUAUUUAACCAUCGCUAACAACGCUGGACGAUUAGACAAUAGAAAAUCACCUAAGUCUUCUGUUCUUGAAGAUUACCACAACCCGACUUUCGACACCAACCACACAAGCAUUUUAGCGUAUUACAUCGCAGGCAGCAAGCCUUGGCUGGACACCUUCUCGACAAAAUACUACACCUGCGCGCUGAGUAGGCGAAUUCCCGCCAACAUCCAAACAACACUGUUCAGGAAACCUAGCAGAUUUACUCAAACAUCAAUAUCAAACCGAAUGACGUUUGAUUUGAAUCGGUAUUUGAAUUCCCGCUACGGUUAUUACGGAUACAACUUUAAACAGAGCCUGAUGAAAUCAAAAUGCCAGGUUGGCCAUUUCCGCUACAUAAUUACUCAACGACAGCGUCAGAUGCGGCCUCCAACCAAAUUCGCAACUUUUUAUGGGUACAUUAGAACUUUAGACGGCAUGUAUGCCUUUGGACGACCUGUUGAAAUCCCGGGUUCCGAUACAGAACUACCAGAACUAGGCGUACAUUUUCAGAAACAAAUCGCUCUCAUUCCAGAACAGGGUACAUUUAUUCUCACGCGGAACACUUCUUUAUGGAUCGGUCCAUUUUCAUUCACAAACGGUGCGUUUAUAUACAAUAAUAUUUGGUGUCUUACUGUAAGCACCAGUUUCUCCCUGACGCUACAAAAAUGCCUCAAAGGGGAUGCCAAUCAGUUAUUUACAUUUUCUAAUAAUAUCAUUACCCUUUUGGGAUUGCCCGCAAACUGUGUAGGGGCCAGAAGAUCCUCAAAUGUUUCUAGUGAAAUUGUAUUGUCCUCGUGUUCGGAUCAAAACAGGUUAAGACAUUUUAAACUUGAUAUUGAAUUUUUUGAAAAAUGUAUAAAGUGA